AUGGCAAAUGAAAGGUUCUUUCUUGAGGGAUUCAAUUUUGGUGAAGUCCAAGAUGCGUUUAAUUCAACGCAUAAAAGCUCUGAUAGUAAGGAAGGAGAAAGAAAACAAGAAAAAAUUCGUUUCGAUGGAGCUGAUGAAGAAUGGGGACGGUCGUGGAACAGUGAUCCACUCAGUUCAAUCAUGUCUCCGCCACUUAAAACAUGUUUGGAGGAAAUCUCCAAGUUCAGAGAAAAUGAAAAUGGAAUUGGAGAUCUUCUUGAACCCAACAAGGAAAAGCAACUCCCACUUUCAUUAGCUUCAUUUGAGCUGUUAAAAAAGUACGGAAAUGGCCUCAAACGUUUGAAUGAUGAAAGACAAAUUGAGCCGAAUGGUGAUCCACCAUCCCCGAUGGUCGUAAAGCAAGAAUUAUCAACUGAAGAAAUCAUGAGGAUAGCUGGAGCAAGGUUUAUCCAUUCUUCCAGUGCUGAUGUUCACUCCAACCAUCCUUUUGAUCUUUCUUUCUCUAGCCUUUCCGGUUACGAGACCAAAAAUGUGGAACUCUCUGAACUUCUCUUGUCCGCUGCUGAGAAAGUUGGUAAUCAGCAAUUCGACAGUGCAAGCAGACUGCUGGAUCUAUGUGAUUUCUUCUCUUCCAACACGGGAAAUCCAGUUCAACGACUAGUUUACUAUUUUUCUGGAGCUCUUCGAGAGAGAAUUAAUCAAGAAACAGGAAGAGCCACGUCAAAGGGCUUUGGAAAAGAGCAGUCAUUCAAUAUCUGUGAGGCAAUUAUGGCUCCAAGCCUCAGCAACAUGACCUUUUAUAAACAAAAUCCAUUCAACCAGGUUUCACAAUUUGCUGGAAUUCAAGCCAUUGUGGAAAAUGUGACCGAGGCAAAGAGAAUUCACAUAAUUGAUCUUGAAAUCAGGAGUGGACUGCACUGGACAAUUUUCAUGCAAGCUUUGGUGUCUCGAGAAGCAUGGCCCCUUGAGCUGCUCAAGAUAACUGCCAUUGGGACUACCUCAAAGCAAUUGAUAGAGGAUACAGGUAAGAGGUUAAUGAGUUUUGCUCAGACCAUGAACCUGCCCUUUUCUUUUAAUGUGGUUAUGGUAUCAGACAUGCUGGAUCUCAGAGAAGAUGACUUUCAGUUGGAUGAUGAAGAAACAGUGGCUGUAUUUUCUGAAUUUUACCUAGCAAGACUAAUUGCAUCGCCAAACCGGCUGGAUUCCUUAACCAAAGUGAUCAGAAACAUCAAUCCACGUGUAAUGGUAAUCAUUGAAGUUGAGGCAAAUCACAACUCACCGGUUUUUGUUGACCGUUUUAUUGAAACACUUUUCUACCUCAGUGCAUUUUUUGAUUGCCUGGACACUUGUAUGGAACGGGAUGAUCCAAACAGGAUGAUUUCAGAAUCAUUAUACUUCGGUGAGGGAAUAAGGAAAAUUUUGGUAGCAGAGGGAGAUGAGAGGAAUAUUCGGAAUGUGAAGAUUGAUGUCUGGAGGGCAUGUUUUGCACGUUUUGAUAUGGUAGAGGCAGAAAUGAGUAUAUCAUCCACAUACCAAGCAAACAUCAUGGCCAAGAAAUUAGCUUGUGGGAAAGCUUGUACACUCAAUAUGGAUGGAAAAAGCCUAAUUAUUGGGUGGAAGGGUACACCAAUUCAUUCUCUUUCUGUUUGGAAGUUUGCUUGA